AUGAAUGAGCAGUUAUUAUCUUCUUAUUCGGAUGAGGAGAUCAAGAAAGCAUUAUUCCAGAUGCACCCUUCAAAGAGCCCCGGCCCGGAUGGACAGCAGAUUAAUAUAUGGAAGGAGAAUUGGAUACCAGAUGUGCCUGAUGGUACCCUGGUUCGACCGGCUCAUUAUGAAAUUGAUACUGUGGCCGAAUUGAUAGAUGGUGCCUCCAGGACGUGGUCUGCACAGGCAACCACCCUGUCUUCUGAUAUUUUUGCAAAGCUUCUUAUGACAGUUUGGGCAUUGUGGAAGAAUCGAAAUGAGAAAUUAUGGUUAGAUAAGUCUCAAAGUGCAGUAGCUCUUUCUUUGGGUACUAUGACUUGGUAUGAAAGCUUCUUACUUAAUCGGUAUCCUAAUGGGAGGACGACAAAAGGCCGUGCCCACCAGGUUUGGAAGGCACCAACAACAUGUAUUCUUAAGUUGAAUACUGAUGGUGCCUUUUUGCCAUCAGUGGGCUCUGGUGCCGUAGGAGGCAUCAUAAGGAAUGAUCAGGGUGGCUUUGUUGCAGCUAUGGCGCAUCAGGUUAGUCAUGUUACAGCAGCAUUACACAUUGAAUUGGUGGCUAUACGAGCAGGUAUGGAUUUGUGUCAAGCUAUGAUGGUUGAUAAAGUUAUUACUGAAAGUGAUUGCUUAGUUGCCAUCCAAGCAAUAAUCUCCGAGGUGCCUGAUAUGUCUAUUUAUAGUCCUCUCAUUGAGGAUAUCAAAGUAGGUGCAAGGGUGUUUCAGGAUAUAUCUUUUGUACAUGCUCCUCAUUCUGCAAAUUGUGUUGCUCAUAGGUUAGCUAGUCAUGCCUUUGAAAAUGAAGGCUUUCAUGAGUGGUUUGCUCAAGCUCCAGAGUUAAUCUUGGAUGCCAUUAUGUACGAUUGUAAUCAUCGUAAUUGA